UAUAACAGAACCAAUCUUUCCCACACCAUAUUUACACUAAAACACUCUUUCAAUCUCUUUAUAUAUCUAUCUUCUUUGGAAGACGACGACUCGAAAGUCGUUUCUCUUUCUUUCUUUCUUAAGAAAUUUUCUGGGAAAAUCAAGGUGAAUAUUUGUAAGUUGGGAGGGGAGCUACAAAUAUAGUAGUGUUGCGUGUGCGUAUAGUUUAGAUAUAUAUAAAAUAUAUACAUAUAUAUAUAUAUAUACACACACAUAUACAUCAUGGGGCGAGGACGAGUGGAGAUGAAGAGGAUCGAGAACAAGAUCAACAGACAGGUGACAUUCUCGAAGCGUCGUUCUGGGUUGUUGAAGAAGGCACAUGAGAUCUCUGUGCUUUGCGAUGCUGAAGUCGCCUUGCUCGUCUUCUCCACUAAAGGCAAACUCUCGGAGUACUCCACCAAUUCCAGCAUGGAAAGGAUCCUGGAACGGUAUGAAAGAUAUUCAUAUGCAGAAAGGCAGCUUAUGUCAAAUGAUCCUGAACAAACUGGAAGCUGGACUCUGGAACAUGCAAAGCUCAAGGCUAGGAUGGAAGUCUUGCAAAGAAACCAGAAGCAUUUCAUGGGAGAAGAACUAGACUCCCUAAGUAUGAAGGAGCUUCAGAAUCUGGAACAACAACUUGAUUCUGCACUCAAACACGUAAGGUCGAGAAAGAACCAACUCAUGUAUGAAUCUAUUUCAGACCUCCAAAAAAAGGAUAAGGCAUUGCAGGAGCAAAAUAACAUUCUGACAAAGAAGAUAAAAGAAAAAGAGAAAGAGAAAGCCCAACAGGCGCUGUUAGAACAACAGCAGAUCAAUCAUGAAGUGGAAUCAUCUUCCAAUAUCGUUCUACCACAGUCCAUGCAAACCUUGGAUAUUGGAGUGUCGAGUUACUCGGCCAGAGGUGAUGAUAAUAAUAGAGACGGGGAGGACGAAGCACGCGAAGACCAAAAUCGAGGCAAUAAUAAUAAUAAUAGUCACCUGCCUUCAUGGAUGCUCAGCAAUCACAAUGCAUAAAAGGAAAAGGAAAAGGAAGGAGAUACUAUAAAAGUAACUUCAUCUUCAGUCCACAUAUAUAUAUAUAUGCUUAAUUUACUCAUGCAUAUAUAUUUUCAUAUAACCGUGUACAUAUAUAAUAUUUCACUUGGUAGCUAGCUAUUAGCUCUCUCACACUUGAAGCUUUUCUUUACAUAUGAUACGGUUCUUUUAAUUAAUUAACGUACGGUGACUAGCCAUAGAUAUAUAUAUAAAGACUAUGAUCAUUUUUGGCUUAAAUUAUUUUAAAUGUCAGGUGUCCUCCAACUUCAAUAGGAAAACUCAAAGAAGAUACAUCUGUACGACGUGCUUCCAGCAUGGUGUCUUUUUUCUUUGCAAUUUUUUUACAUUUUCUUUUGGGAGGUUACGCUACAAUUGAAACCAAAUAACUCUUUUGCAUGUAUGUACUACGUGGAUGAACUGAGCUCCUCCAUCACUAUAUAGAUUAUCCUAAACUAAGUUUGUACGACAAUAUAUAUUUAUAUACGUAGCUACCAUGUUUGCUAGCUAGUAGUAUAUAUGUAUAUGUUGUUGAAAUAGUACUAGUCGUACUCGUUUUUGUUGUAUAAUCUUUUUAUCGGUCAUACUAAUCUUGUAUAUAUGUAUGCUGUUCUUUGUUGCUGUUUA